UCGAAAACAUUGGUCACUAUAACCAUGGCGUUAAGUUCGGCGACCGUGGCCUCGUCGCUCCGCCUCUGCCCGGCAGGCGCUCUCGUCUCCCCCAGUACCACGCGGAGCCGCCGCUCCUGCGCCCCCACCCUCCGGUUCACCAAUCGCCAGCGAGGUGCUGUGCUGAGGCUGUGCAGCGCACGCCCUAGCGCUCCGGCCCUGAGCCGGUGGUGGGCCACGGAGCUCACCCCGGAGGAGCUCCCCACGGAGGAGACCGACGCGCCGACCACCGGGCACGGCCAGGAGGAGCUUGAGGCCAUAUGGAACGCCCUCGUCGCCGAGCCCCUCCGCCCCGUCCUGCUCGCCCUGGGCGAGAUCAGGGACCGCAGCCACUUCUUCCGCUGCCGCAGCUACCACGCCGGGAUCGUCGCUGGCCCAUUGUUGAUGAUUGCUGGUUUCUGCCAGCUCGCUAGAUUAGCACCAACGCUGUUCGUGGAUAUGAUUCUUGGAUAUAUAUUCUACAAGUUAAGUGUUUUAGCAGCACAACUGAAAAGAAAUGGGAAGGCAAACCACAUGUGUGCUCGGAUGCAGCUCGCAAUGUCACUUAUUCUGUUGUACAAGGAUAACAGCGCUUUUUCGGGUGUUUACCGGCUCGUCACGAAAAUUAUUUGGCUCAUUUUGGUUGAAGUGUACUUUGGAGCUGUAUACUAUGAGAUUGCAGGCGAUAAAGAUCCGAGACGCCAUCUGCUAGGAAUGUACAAGAUAGUAAAAACUAAAGGUGGCUUGAUGCGGGUGAUCAGGAAUUUGAUGGAAGAAUAGCGUUCUGGCAUUCAGAGGCAUCAUACUUGUUCUAAGCAUAUGGACAAAAUUCAUAUGUAGUUUUGUACAGAAUUUGAUGGAAGUAAAGGAAGACCUCUGAGACCUCCUUG